ACCGACGGACCGUCAACACGGAAGUUUGUUUUGGAGCAUGGCGUGAAGGCGGAAGUGUUUCUAAAGUGUCCAGCUCCUCCUCACAGCUGCGACACUCGGAUUCGUGGAGGGUUUGGUUGGUUGGUCUGCAGUGAUGUCGAACAUUAAAGAGCACAUCCACAGGGUGGCUCGAGGGUAUGAGCGGUACACCGAGUACGUGAGGAGGAACCCGGCGGCCACGGCGCAGCUGGAGAGCACCGUGAGGACGCUGUCAUACCUGAUAGCAGGGAGAUUUGCAGAUUCACAUGUAAUAUCUGAACUAGUGUACUCUGCCUCCAAUCUGCUGGUGCUCUUCAAUGACAGUAUUCUGCGCAAAGGGCUGAGAUGUGCCAUCUCUGUGUCUCUCUCUCAGCAGAGGCUCCUCACAUGGCUGUCCGUGUUGGAGCACGUGGAGGUUUUCCUGGAGAUGGGGUCCUGUAGGCUGUGGGGCGACAUCGGCCGCUGGCUGGUGAUCGCACUCAUCCAGAUAUUUAAGGCAGUUUUUCGCCUCGUGCUUCUUCUGUGGUACAAAUCCGGCAUCCAGACUUCACCUCCCAUAAUCCCCCUGGACAGAGGCGCUGAGUUUGUCAGCGAAGAUGACGGUAACGGGGAGCAGCAAGAUGACACCUGCUUUGUGGGUCAGAGGUCAGGCCGGGUCAUUAGGCCAAUGGGCAGCGCUCCCUCCCUUCAGUCCCGGCUGUGGGGAGCACCGAGUCAGAGGAAGAGGAGGAGCAGCUUCAGUGGGGAGAAGCUCCACAGCAAACCAACAGCUCCCUCCCUUCAGUCCCGGCUGGGGCACCCGGAGACCCUCGCUGGGGAGUCCGUGUACAUCGGACCGGGGAGCCACUUACUCUGCCUCGGACUCUGUGGAAAACAGUCCUGGAAGCCGUGGAUCGUCUCCGGAGUCCUCGAACUCUCCAGUUUCGCUGUCCUCAACGAUGUGAAAUUUCUGAAUCGUUGGGAAAAAGCUGAGAUGAGGAGGAGAACCUUCCUCCUGCUGUACUACCUCCUCCGUUCUCCUUUCUACGACAAAUACUCUGAGGAAAAGAUUCUCUUCCUGCUCAGACUUCUGGCCGAUCACGUUCCAGGAAUCGGCCUCGUGGCUCGCCCUCUGAUGGAUUACCUCCCCACCUGGCAGAAGAUCUACUUCUACAACUGGGGAUAAAAACCUGCUGGUGGCGCUCCGACCUUUGACCUUUGAUGAAGUUAACGAGGAGAGGAGCUGCCCAGGGACAGAGACGCUCCUUAUUAACCCCCUUAAAUCAGAUAAGAAUGAUGUGGAACUGAUUACCACUUCUGACUGACAGCGAGCUCUUUUUUUUUAAGUGACAAAAAAAAACAACAAAAGAGGCUAUUUCAGGAAUAAGAGCGGACACGUUCGUGACACUAAGAAGAACCCCGUGUGACUAAUGCUAAAAAACAUGUUCGCCUCGUGAGAUGUCGUGACAACUUUAGAGUUCAUGAUUCUGAGACACACCUGUGCACAUUGAAAUGUGCACAGAUAUGUGGCCGACUAUUUUUGUUAGAGACGUUCCAUUCCAUUCUUGUCGGAGGCCCCUGCAGCGUUUCUCCGGUUGAAGAGAACAUCCUCGGUGGACCAUGAAGGGGGCGUCUGCAGUUGGGCUGCAGGGCAGGAGUCUUGACAGAGAGGUUCGUGAAACCUGAGCG